AUGCCGAAUGAAUCUCAUGUUUGGAGUUCAAGAUAUGAAGCCAAGGCCAUAAAAGGCCACAUCUGCGUGGCAUGUCACGUCGUAAGACGGUACGGUCAGGAGUGGGGAUCUGGGAAGGAUUGUGGAUGGGAAAACGUGCACAGCGCAUGCUCGAUAAGCACUGAUCCUAUUGCAGAGCACGAAUGGACUGCAUUUGUGAAGCCUUCGGGGAUAGUGCGCUUUUGCCAGGAGUGCUACGAACCGCAAGGAUGGGGGCGGAAAUUCGGUAGCUCUAAGGGACCCGCUUACGAGCAGGUACUCGAGCUUUGCUCGGCCGUUGAUCUUGAUAAGAAAACAUACGCAGAUAUUAUCACAGCGGAAGCACCCGAAUAUGUGCAUCCACUAGCUCCCCUGGAUCCCGAGUCUAUGGUCAGAGAUGAGCGACAUCACAACCUGGCCACUCAAUUUACGGGGAAGGAUUUUGUUAAAAAGUUCUCCGAUUUCCAGAAUGUGGAUGUAGCCGCAAUUGACGAAGCACUGACACACCCAAGCGCCAGUGUUAAUGGAUGCAACUUUCUCAGGCUUGCAUUAUUGGGUGACGCUGUGCUCGACCUAGUGGUGGUGCAGUAUUUAUACCACACAAAUCCUAACGCAGACAAUGGCGAGAUGACUAUCCUGAAAGGCAAAGCAGUCUCCAACCGGGUUUUGGCAAAAAUCGCGGCGCCGUAUUUGCGCUACAUACGCACCAAGAGCACAUUCGACUAUGACUCCAAGACUUGUGCCGAUGCGAUGGAGGCGCUAAUUGGCGCGUAUUACAAAUCCAACGGGUUCUCUGCCACCGCAGACCUGUGCGCAGAUCUAGGCCUACUGGAGGCCGUUAAAACAUGCAAUGGAAGGAGCAAGCACUAG